AUGGAUGAGCUUCCGGCCGUUUUGCAGGGGGUGGACCUGCUGGCGGUGCUCGGCGUGGAGGUGGUCGAGGAUGCCGACGUCGCGGAGCUGCGCCGCGGGCUCCGCCGAACCUUCUUGCGCCGCGCCAAGGAGUGCCACCCCGACAAGCAGAAGCCCGGUAGCAAGGGGUCGGACACGAGCCUGGAAUUCGCGAGACUCAAGGCGGCGUUCGACUACCUGCAGCGCGACGAUGUCUUCGCCACGCUGUACAACCGCGCGCUGCACAAGAAGCGGGAGGAGAAGGCGCGCAAGGAGCGCACGAAGGGCAUUUCUGCCAAACAGGCAGCGCAUCUCGAUGCCCUCCUCCGCAGGGAGCGGGAGGCCGCUGAGGCGGCUGCCGCUCGGCGGGAGCAGUUCCACCCCGAGAAGCCGUCUCAGCGCGGCUUCCAGGCGUCUUACGAGGACAUGUUCGACGCCCACGCUGCCUCCUCGAGCCAGGCCGGCCCCGCAUCGCAACAGGGCAUGCUGUUCGUGGCUGCCCGCACCAUGAAAAUCGCAAACGAGGCCGAGCUCAACUGCCUGCUGCUCAGCGACCACUUUUCCAACAUGUUCGCCAACUUCGGCUUGCUGCGCGUCCAGCCGAUAGACAUCACCGAGACGGCCGCUGACGCCGUCAACGUGAAGGUCGGCAUUUUGGUGUUCCAGUCGCACGAGCACGCGCUGAAGGCGCUGCUGCACUAUCGCAAGCACCGGAGCAACUUCAGGUGCGACCUUUAUGCACUCGCCCUGAAGCCUCAGGGCGACCCUGCAGCGUCCGCCGCCUCGGCUGAUGGCGCAUCUGCGGAGUCGGAGAGCCUGGAAGACAUGGAAGCGCUGGUGCUCAGUCGGCUCAGACAGGCGGCCGCCAAGAGGCGCAAGCUGAUGUCCUAG